GCGAUGUUUUCCGUCGGUUUUGAAUGAUGUUUUGGUUAGAGUAUUUUAAGGUUUCCUGGAAGUAGAUCUUCAUAGAAAGUUAUUUUCUGAUGUUUGGCAAUCGUCUAGUUUCUUGCUAGUUUUAUUUCAUUCAAGCACACUAAAUGUUACUGUUUGGUUGCUUCUAUCAAGAAGAUUUUAAAACUUAGAUGGCUUCGGUGUUGGAGAAGGCUUCGAAUUUAACUGUCACUUUCGAUACAGAAAAAAAUCGAAAUGAUUCAGGAACUAUAAUUAAUGCAGAAACUAAAUGUGAAGAAUCCAAAAAAGAUUCCAGUUCAGAAGGUAUACAAAAUGGAAACGAAACAGUUGAAGUUAAAUGUGAUGAAGAUCAGGAAAGAAAUGAAGAAAUAAGCAAUACCACAGAUGAUGGAUCUCUUGUCAUUAAUACGAUCGAUAUUACUCCUGAAAAAUCUGGAGGCGUGUUGAAACAGAUUUUUAAAGAUGGUGAAGGUGAUGAAUAUCCUGGGAUUGGAGAUAGAGUGAGUGUUCGCUAUAAAGGAUGGUUACUUGACAACAAGGAAAAACCAACUUUGUUUGAUAGCACUCCUGAUGGUGAAAAAAUUGAAUUCAACAUAGGGCGAGGGAUGGUCAUCCGUGGAUGGGAUUUAGGUAUUAGUACUAUGAAAAGAGGCGAGGUUGCAAUUUUUAUUUGUAUGCCAGAUUAUGCCUAUGGUCCAAUGGGACAUCCACCCAAGAUCCCAGCAUAUACACCUUUGCUAUUUGAAGUUGAGCUUUAUGGAUGGAAGUUAGAAGAUCUAAGUCCAAAGAGAGACAACAGUAUAUUAAGAAAAGUUUUAGACAAAGGAGAUGGAUCUAAUUUUCCAAAUGAAGGUGCCAAAGUGAAAGUGAAAUUGAUUGGUUUCUGUGAUGAUGAGAUAUUUGAAGAAAAUGAAGUUGAUUUCAUUCUUGGUGAAGGAUGCAAUGAAAACAUUCCUGAGGGUUUAGAAAUAGCUCUUUAUCGCUUUCAUUUAAAAGAAAAAUCAUUGGUUUAUUUGAAAAACAAAUAUGUCACUGACAUCACAGUCUUGAAGGAUUUAAAUGAAGUUGAAGAAAAAGAAGUGAAAUAUGAAGUAUUGCUUCUUAGUUUUGAAAAGGCUAAAGAUAUUUGGGAAAUGAAUACUGACGAAAAAUUUGAAAAAGCUCAACAAUCAAAGGAGAAAGGAACUUCAUUUUUUAAAUCUGGAAACUACAGAGUUGCUCUGCGUCAAUUUAAAUGGAUACCUACUUUAUUAGAAAAGGAGCCUGGUGUGCCUGAAGAAUCUCAAGAGUCUAGAAGAUCUUUAUUAUUAUCAGGAUUUUUAAACAUAGCCCUGUGUUUGUUAAAAAUGGAAAAUUAUUUUGAAGCCAUAAAGUAUUGUGAUAAAGCUCUGCAAAUUGAUCCUGAUAAUGAAAAGGGUCUUUUCAGAAGAGGAAAGGCUAAAAUGAUGAUUAAUGACUGUCAAGAUGCUUUAAAAGACUUUCAAACACUAUGUACUUUGAGUCCAGAAAAUAAAGUGGCUAAAAAUUCCAUCGUACUUUGCCAUGAGAAAAUUAAAGAGCAGAAUUUGAAGGAUAAAAGUACAUAUAAUAAAAUGUUCGAUAAGUUUAAGAAGCAGGAUGAAGAUAGGAGACGAAAUGCUGGUACAGAAACUGGAGUGUGGGAUGACGAAAAAGAAGAAGUAAAACGGGACUUAACUGAAACAGAGCGAUUAAUAGAAUCCAAUGAUUCUGUCUUACGAGAUGCCGAUAUUAUUGAACUUUCAAACACAGCAUGUUGAUGUUUAGAUACUAGUCUUAGAAUAAUAGAUUUUUUUUAAAUAAAUACAUAGCAAUCACAAAGUCAGUUUUUUCAUA